CUCUGAGGCUUAGGAAACUUGUACUCUGUGUUCAUCCAGGCACCUCGCUCCCUCCAGCACCAUGCCGUACAACUGCUGCCUGCCCAACCUGAGCUGCCGCACCAGCUGCGCCUCCCGGCCUUGCAUUCCUCCCAGCUGCCACAGCUGCACCCUGCCCGGUGCCUGCAACAUCCCCGCCAAUGUGGGCAACUGCAACUGGUUCUGCGAGGGCUCCUUCAACGGCAAUGAGAAGGAGACCAUGCAGUUCUUGAACGACCGCUUGGCCAGCUACCUGGAGAAGGUGCGUCAGCUGGAGCGAGAGAAUGCAGAGCUGGAGAGCCGCAUCCAGGAGAGGAACCAGCAGCAGGACCCACUGGUGUGUCCUGCCUACCAGGCCUACUUCCGGACCAUUGAGGAGCUCCAGCAGAAGAUCCUGUGCACCAAGUCUGAGAACGCCAGGAUGGUGGUGCAGGUUGACAACGCUAAGCUGGCUGCUGAUGACUUCAGGACCAAGUAUGAGACGGAGCUGUCCCUGCGGCAGCUGGUGGAGUCCGACAUCAACGGCCUGCGCAGGAUCCUGGAUGAGCUGACCCUGUGCAAGUCUGACCUGGAGGCCCAGGUGGAGUCCCUGAAGGAGGAGCUGCUCUGUCUCAAGAGGAACCACGAGGAGGAAGUCAACACCCUGCGCUGCCAGCUGGGAGACCGCCUCAACGUGGAGGUGGAUGCCGCUCCCACCGUGGACCUCAACAGGGUGCUGAACGAGACCAGGUGUCAGUACGAGGCCCUGGUGGAGACCAACCGCAGGGAGGUGGAGGAAUGGUUCACCACACAGACUGAGGAGCUGAACAAGCAGGUGGUGUCCAGCUCAGAGCAGCUGCAGUCCUACCAGGCAGAGAUCAUCGAGCUGAGACGCACAGUCAACUCCCUGGAGAUUGAGCUGCAGGCCCAGCACAACCUGAGGAACUCUCUGGAGAACACGCUGACAGAGAGUGAGGCCCGCUACAGCUCCCAGCUGUCCCAGGUGCAGUGUCUGAUCACCAACGUGGAGUCGCAGCUGUCUGAGAUCAGGUCUGACCUGGAGCGCCAGAACCAGGAGUACCAGGUGCUGCUGGAUGUCAAGGCCCGGCUAGAGUGUGAGAUCAACACGUACCGGGGCCUGCUGGAGAGCGAAGACUGCAAGCUGCCCUGCAACCCCUGUGCCACAAGCAACGCGUGCGGCAAACCCAUCGGGCCCUGUGUGUCCAAUCCCUGCACCCCCUGCCCACCUCCGGCCCCCUGCACACCUUGUGUCCCACGACCCCGUUGUGGGCCCUGCAACUCCUUUGUGCGCUAG